CCUCAUUUCCCCAUAUGCUCACCUCUCCACCCCUUAUCCUCACCAGCCACCACCCUCCCACCUUUUGAUAAUUAAAAGAUAUUGGUUUAGAGGAAAAUCAGGUUCAGUGUUACGUAAACUCCUGGCCGCCUCUCCCUCGACAACGUCUCUCAGAUUCGAGACUCCCGCCCAAACUCAACAUGGCUGAUACUCCUAGCCGCAGAACUCCUGGCCGCCGCAACACCCGUAGCCGCAGUACUCCUGACGCCGCAGCAGAAGCAGAAGCACCUUCAUCACCUCUUGACUCAAGUCCAAUCGGAAACACAUUUUCCUCUCCAAACACCAAUCGGAAGCGUGGUCGGACGCCUCAAUCACAUUCCCGCUUCGCCGCCUCCACACCUGACGCUUCUUCUCCAGGGCCGCCCUCAUCUGAAGGUGGUGCAGAGCCUGAUGCCCAACCCUCUAUGUUUGUUUGGGGAACAAGCAUCAGCGUCCAAGAUGUGAACGCCGCUAUCUUGAUGUUUUUGAGGAACUUCCGUUGUUCUUCGCAGCAGCAGGAUGAGGUGGAGGGGAAAUACAUGAAGGCUAUCAAUCAUGCGAUUGAGAUGGGUGGGGAGUCUUUGGAUGUGGAUGCCAAUGAUGUCUUUGACUAUGAUAACGACCUCUAUACCAAGAUGGUUCGGUAUCCCCUAGAAGUUCUUGCCAUUUUUGAUAUUGUGCUCAUGGAUAUGGUUAGUAGAAUCAACCCCUUGUUUGAGAAGCAUAUACAGGCCAGGAUUUUUAAUCUCAAAUCCUCUACUUCCAUGAGGAAUCUCAACCCAUCUGAUAUUGAGAAGAUGGUAUCAUUGAAGGGAAUGGUCAUUAGAUGCAGUUCCAUCAUUCCUGAAAUCAGGGAAGCAGUUUUCAGGUGUCUAGUUUGUGGCCAUUUCUCAGAUCCAAUUGUCGUAGAUAAAGGACGAAUCAGUGAACCAACUAUGUGUAUGAAGGAAGAAUGUAAAACAAAGAACUCAAUGACAUUAGUUCACAACAGAUGCAGGUUUGCUGAUAAACAAGUUGUAAGAGUCCAGGAGACACCUGAUGAAAUUCCUGAAGGGGGUACGCCUCAUACGGUCAGCUUGCUCAUGCAUGACAAAUUAGUCGAUGCAGCAAAACCCGGUGACCGGGUUGAGAUCACAGGGAUAUACCGGGCCAUGACUGUGAGAGUUGGCCAAACUCAAAGGACUGUCAAAUCUUUAUUCAAGACUUACAUCGAUUGUCUUCACAUAAAGAAGACAGACAAGUCAAGAAUGGAUCCAACUGAAACUGAACAGAGCCCUAGUCAAGAUGAUCAAGGAACACCAAUGGAUUACGAAGAACAGGUGGAGAAACUGAAGGAACUAUCAAAACGAAGUGAUAUUUAUGAGUUGCUUACCAGGUCGUUGGCACCAAACAUAUGGGAGUUAGAUGAUGUGAAGAAAGGACUUCUUUGCCAGCUUUUUGGUGGGAGUGCGUUGACGCUGGAAUCUGGGGCUAGUUUCAGGGGAGACAUUAAUAUUCUUCUAGUUGGUGAUCCUGGAACCAGCAAAUCGCAGCUUCUUCAGUACAUACACAAAUUAGCACCCCGUGGUAUCUACACCAGUGGAAGAGGGAGCUCGGCUGUUGGAUUGACUGCUUAUGUCGCCAAAGAUCCUGAAACUGGUGAAACGGUUUUGGAGAGCGGGGCCUUGGUUCUUAGUGACAGAGGCAUCUGUUGUAUCGAUGAAUUUGAUAAAAUGUCUGAAAAUGCAAGGAGCAUGCUACAUGAGGUUAUGGAACAACAAACUGUGUCAAUAGCAAAAGCAGGGAUUAUUGCUUCUUUAAAUGCAAGAACUUCAGUUUUGGCCUGUGCAAAUCCAAGUGGUUCUCGAUAUAAUCCUCGUUUGUCUGUCAUUGACAACAUACAUCUCCCCCCUACACUGCUCUCUAGGUUCGAUUUGAUAUAUUUAAUCCUCGACAAAGCUGAUGAGCAGACAGAUAGGCGCCUUGCAAAACAUAUAGUUGCACUGCAUUUUGAAAAUCCCGAGAAUUCUGAGCAGCAAGUGAUUGACCUCCCAACUUUGAUGGCUUAUUUGAGUUACGCCAGAAAAAACAUACACCCAGAGUUGUCUGAAGAAGCUGCUGAAGAGUUGACACGUGGCUAUGUUGAAAUGAGAAGAAGAGGAAAUUUUCCAGGAAGUAGCAAAAAGGUGAUAACGGCUACUCCUAGACAAAUUGAAAGUCUUAUACGCCUCAGUGAGGCCCUGGCCCGAAUUCGCUUUUCAAAUUCGGUUGGGAAAGAUGAUGUGGUGGAGGCUUUUAGGCUUCUGGAAGUUGCACUACAGCAGUCUGCAACAGAUCAUGCCACUGGAACCAUCGACAUGGACCUGAUAACUACUGGUGUGUCUGCAAGUGAAAGAAUGAGAAGGGACAAUUUGGUAGGCUUGACUCGCAAUAUUAUUAUGGAAAAGCUGCAACCCGGAGGUCCAUCUACUCGUAUGCCAGAGUUGCUUGAAGAGUUGAAGCAGCGAAGCAUUAAUGCUGAGUUACAUCUUACCGAUUUGCGAAACGCGCUUGGUACUCUUGCAAGUGAGGGAUUUGUGGUUGUUCAUGGUGACACUGUAAAAAGAGUGUGAAGCAUGAGAAAGGUAGAAGAAGCGGGCACGAAUUCUAGAGAUGGUAUGCUUAUUACCAUCAAGACUAGUACAACUUUAUGUGUAUUUUUGGUUAUAUGUUGAAGGACAUUAUAACGUGAGUAACAUUUGGUCACUUUAAUGAUACCUGAGGAGGCAGCUGGUAGUACAAACUUUUUUAUUGUUUGCA